AUGUGGACAUCUUUGAGGGCCCAUUAUUCUGCCUACCACACCAACCCCAAUGAGGAUAUGCACAGCCACCGUUUCAUCAAUAUUGUGGCCAAGAAUAUUCUAGAUCCCAUGGAGCAAUGUCCUAAGGCCUUUGGAUUGUCUGACCCAAAAGACCAUCAAGUAAUCACAGCAAUAGAGUAUCAAGAGGUUAUUUUAACCUGCAAAUUCCCAAGGAAGACCCCGGCCUCCAGAUUAGAGUGGAAGAAACUGGGGCAGAGUGUCUCCUUUGUCUACUAUGGCCAGGAUCUCAGAGGUGACUUUAAAGAUCGAGCUCAGAUGAUGGAUUUCAGCAUCAGGAUCAAAAAUGUUACAAGAAAUGAUGCCGGGAAAUACCGUUGUGAAGUUAGCACCCCAACUAACGAAGGCCAAAGGCUGGAAGAGAACACGGUCACUCUAGAAGUAUUAGUGGCUCCAGGAGUUCCAACAUGUGAAGUCCCCAGUUCUGUUCUGAGUGGAACCGUGGUGGAGCUGCGCUGUCAAGACAAAGAAGGGAACCCGGCUCCUACAUACACGUGGUUUAAGGACGGCACCCGCCUGUUUGGGAACCCCAAGCUCGAUGCCCAAAUCACCAACAGCUCUUACACAGUGAAUACGAAGUCUGGAACUCUGCAAUUUAACACUGUUUCAAAACUGGACAGCGGAGAGUAUUACUGCGAAGCUCGUAACUCUGUUGGAUUUCGCAGGUGCCGGGAGAAACGAAUGCAAGUAGAUGAUCUCAACGUGAGUGGCAUCAUAGCGGCCGUGGUGGUAGUGGCCUUAGUGGUUUCCAUUUGUGGCCUUGGUGUGUGCUAUGCCCAGAGGAAAGGAUACUUUUCAAAGGGAACCUACCAGAAGAGUAACUCUGCAUCUAAAGCCACUCCGAUGGGUCAAAAUGAUUUCAAGCACUCAAAAUCCUUUAUAAUUUAAAAGAAUUCCACCUCUGAAAUACACCAAUACCACAGUUGUUCACAAGUUAUUAAAGAUUAUAACACUUUGCUUUGUCUUACAUUUGCAAAGAGGUACAUAAGGAGAUGAAAUUGGUAUUUUAUUAAAAUUUUUAUGAACACUAAA